UCCGAAUUCAUCAGCAACCAUCCACGCCCUGGUCGACAACCCCUCACUCCUCGCCAAAUGAUCUGAUUCCGUCUCUCUUGUGCUGUUGCGUUGCUACACCAUUCAUCACACAUAUUCGCCACCAAACAUGUCGUUCCUCGGCGGUCCCGAAUGCAGCACGGGCGCAAACCCGCUGGCCCAGUUCCAGAAACAGACCUCCGCCGACACUUCGCUGCAACGAGAUCGCCUCACCUCUCGCGCACCACAACAACUCAACGGCUUCCGCAGUGGCCAGGCGCUUCCCGAAGAUGCCGCCUUCCAAGACUUCGCCCAGCAGGGCCCGCACAUGGGCGAGAUGCUACCCAACGAUGCUUUCCACAUGGAGCAGUUGAGGCGUGAGGCGGAGCACCUCGAGCGGGUCGGCGGCGGAGGCGGUGGUGGUGGAGGAUGGGCCGGCGAGUUCGCGCAGAAGGGACCCGCCUUCUCGCCUGAAGAGUUCGCUCAGCAGAGGGGUGGUGCCUUCAGCCCACAGGACUUUGCUCAGUUCCGGCAAAGCCAGAUGACCCCGACUGCGAGGACAGGCAGUCCAAAUAGCUCCUACCAGUCGGCUUAUCGGCCGCCUAUGAUGGGUUCUAUGUACGGAGGCGGCAUGCAGAGGCCCAUGAUGUAUCAGCAGGGUCCCAUGUUCAACCAGCCUCCGCAGCAGCAGUAUGAGGGCAAGGGCAAAGGCCGCGUGCAAGAGCUGAGCGACACCGAUUGGGAAAAGCAGUUCGAGGAGCUAUCUACCGCAGACAAGGAAGCCGACCUUGAUCAGCUGGAUAGGGAAGCUAAUGAAGCAAUCGAGCGGGAGCUCAACCAGGCUGACAGGGAUCUACUCGCCGAUGAGGAGAUCAGCAAGCACCUCGGCGACCAGUAUGACGAGUGGAAAGACUUCGAUGGCAUGAACCACAAUUUCGACGCAUACCGCGACUUUGGCGAUUUCAAUGCCGGACCUCCGAACGGCACAUACAUGUUCGAGGAGAACAAUCUGUUCAAGGACGUUCCCAAUGCAUUUGAAGAGGGGAUGAAGAUCAUGCGCGAAGGUGGCAAUUUGAGCAUUGCGGCUUUGGCAUUUGAAGCUGCUGUACAAAAGGACAACGAAUUCGUUGAGGCAUGGGUGGCACUUGGCCAAGCACAAGCACAGAACGAGAAAGAGUCGCCUGCGAUUCGCGCGUUGGAGCAAGCUAUCAAGCUUGAUCCGAGCAACCCAGAGGCUCUGAUGGGUCUCGCGGUGUCCUACACCAAUGAAGGGUACGACACCCUUGCGUAUAGGACCUUGGAGCGUUGGGUCGCUGCAAAAUAUCCCCAACUUGGCGUCACACCUCGUGGGGUGGAUGUGGAAGAGGAGAUGGGCUUCACAGACCGCCAUCAGCUGCACGAGAAAGUAACAAAUUACUUCCUCGAAGCCGCCCAACUCAAUCCCGAAGGCGGCGAUGUGGAUGUGGACGUCCAAGUUGGCCUCGGUGUUCUGUUCUACGGCAGUGAGGAUUACGACAAAGCUGUCGACUGCUUCACAGCCGCGUUGAACAGUCAUCAACACGGGUCAAUGAAGCGAGAAGGCGAGGAGCAUCUAUUGUGGAACCGGCUGGGUGCGACACUCGCAAAUAGCAACCGCUCAGAAGAGGCUAUCGAGGCAUAUUCCCGAGCAUUGGAGCUACGGCCAAACUUCGUACGAGCACGCUACAACCUUGGAGUAUCUUGCAUCAAUCUUGGAGUCUUGGAAGAAGCUGCGGGUCAUCUUCUCGGCGCACUUUCGAUGCAUCGUGUGCUGGAACAAGAAGGCAGAGAAAAAGCUGCGGAACUCAUGAAAGACGGCCAUGGCAACGAUGUCGACGAACAUGCUGUGGACCAAGUCCUGCAACAAAAUCAAAGCACGAACCUUUAUGAUACGUUACGGAGAGUAUUCACGCAGAUGAACCGACGAGAUCUGGCAUCUAGAGUCGGACCAGACAUGAAUCUUGAUGAAAUGAAGGGCGAAGGAUUUGACUUCUAGAUGAUAAUGAGUUGGCUGGUAAAACAUGUAGACAUUAGCCGCCACUGUGUACAAAACUCACCCUCGUCAGCAUAGACUGUCUAGUUUGGAACAUCAAUUUUCUGCC